GUCCGCCGGAAAUGCGCGGAGGAGUUCCGGGGAACCGGCAGCCACCGCGCUUCUGGUAUCCCGAGCUUGGCGAGUUGAGUUCUGCUGCUGCGCGCUGGAGUCGCUGCGCCGCCGCGAUCAUGGUCUUCUAUUUCACCAGCAGUAGCGUUAACUCAUCUACUUACACUAUUUACAUGGGAAAGGAUAAAUAUGAAAAUGAGGAUCUAAUAAAGUAUGGCUGGCCUGAAGAUAUUUGGUUUCAUGUGGACAAACUCUCUUCGGCUCAUGUAUACCUUCGAUUACACAAGGGAGAGAAGAUAGAAGACAUUCCAAAGGAAGUACUGAUGGACUGUGCCCAUCUAGUGAAGGCUAAUAGCAUUCAAGGCUGCAAAAUGAACAACAUUAACGUGGUAUAUACACCGUGGUCUAACCUGAAGAAAACAGCGGACAUGGAUGUGGGGCAGAUAGGCUUCCACAGGCAGAAGGAUGUGAACAUUGUGACAGUGGAGAAGAAAGUGAAUGAGAUUUUGAACCGAUUAGAAAAAACAAAAAUGGAGCGAUUCCCAGACCUAGCAGCAGAGAAGGAAUGCAGAGACCGCGAGGAGAGGAAUGAGAAGAAGGCCCAAAUUCAGGACAUGAAAAGGAAAGAAAAGGAAGAGAUGAAGAAGAAGAGGGAAAUGGAUGAACUUAGGAGCUAUUCAUCACUAAUGAAAGUUGAGAAUAUGUCUUCAAAUCAGGACGGCAACGAUUCAGAUGAAUUCAUGUGAAUGGAGAAAAGGACCUUUUAAAGAUGUGAAUUUAGGACAGUUGCAGACAUUUUGAUUCCAUCUGUGUUCUGAAUUACAAAAACAGCCAAAAUUUUGUGUUCAUUCUACACAAAUAUCAACUUGGGAGUUAAAAAAAAAAAUUGUUCAUUUUUUUGCUGAGAGAUAGGGAUCAUAUAUAUAUACUUGGACUUGAAGACAGCAUAUAACUUUAGGAAAGUGAAAAUAUUUUUGCCAGAACAUGUCUUGGUACUUUACUUCAUGAAAGUUGGCUGCCUUUAUUCCUGGGAUAGACUUUGGAACAAACCAACUCUGAAAAGUAUUUUUGGUACUGUAGUCUGUCCUUGAAAACAGAUGUCUCGAAAAGCUUUUCAUAGUCUUAAAAUAGCUUCACUUCUGUUAAAAAGACUGUAUUGGAGAGCAAUAUAUAGGAAUAUCCCCCUCACUCUCAAUUUCCUGAGUAGAAAAAAAAGCAUAUUGGUUUUGAAGGUAAUACUGAUAUUUUCAGAUAAUUGCUGGCUUCAGUAUUCACGUUCCAUUGUGUAGUCUGAGUCGGUUAGCAAGUGGUCCUCAGCUCUCAGCUUGCUCUAGCUUCUACUUUCUACAUCCUUACUUUUUCUGAGUGAGGGCCUCCAACCAUCAUAGUUAAAGGAAUAGUCAGUGUUAAUCAAGGUUGGGCCUUGGUGGCAGUUUUUACUUGAGCACCAGAUGACCCAAGCCACGUAAAUUACAACUUCGAGCCUGGAGUCAUUUCUCAGCACUGAGGGAGAAAUAGGAAGGGCUGCUCUGUGAAUCAUUUUGAAGGUGUAGGUUACCUUGUUUUUGUUUUGGAAUACAGUAUAAAGCAGAA